AUGAGAAUUGUAUUUGCACUUGUUUUGCUCACACUCUCUCUUACUGCUGAAACCAGAACCACUCCUCCCCAAGGCCACAAUCAUGAAGCCGAGUUAAAAUGGUCUAGAACAAACAGAAGAAACAGACACAGUGGAGGAAGAAAAUCAAGAGGAUCAAACUGUGAUCCAUUUUACUUAUACUUAUAUGGAACAUGUGGCCAUUGGCCCUUUCCUACAUUUUCUUCCCCUGAAAACCCUUUUGACCAAACUCCAACUCCAACUCCAUCGUAUUCUUUUCCUCCACCUAUAACUUACACACCAAGAAUCCCUCCACCAAUAAUUUACACACCAAGAAUCUCUCCACCGCCGCAAUAUUUUCCACGACCCCCGCAAUAUUUCCCACGACCGUUGUCACCUCCACCAGUGCACUAUUCCGCACCACCCCCACCCCCACCCCCACCCUCACCACCCCCACCGUCUCCGCCCCCACCCUCACCACCACCACCGUCUCCGCCCCCACCAUCUCCACCACCACCGUCUCCACCUCCACCAGCGUGUUCGCCGCCGCCGGUUCAACCCUGCUGUCCACUACCAUCACCCUCUCCUCCACCUCUGCCGCCGGCGCCGCCGUUAGUGCCGUCACCACCUCCACCUGCCCCUCCCUUACCGCCAUUAGUAAUUCCGCCUCCGAUGUCUGAAAUGCCAACAUUCCCAUGGCUAUCACCUCCGAACCCCUUCAUCUUUGAUCCACAACCAGCACCCCCACUUGUCCCAUUCUCAUCUUCGCCACCUCUUUUCACCAAUCCAACUCUACCGGACACUUCCUUUCCCCCGCCACUACUCCCCACGCCGUUUCUGUCAACUCCACCGCUUUUCCCUAUGCCGCAGACACCCAAUGCUUUAUUUCCGCCACCCUUGGCCACAGAGGUACCACCGGCUAUUACCUUGCCAGAAACACCAGAAAUGCCGCAGGACCCACCGUCUUUUAACGUGCCCAUCACACCGUUUGUUUCCCUGUCACCGCCGGAUGUUUCCAUGCCAGCGCCAGAUCUGCCGCAAGAUCCGCCGAAUGUUCUCUUGGCGCCACCGGUUAUGCCAGAAGAGCCACCGGUUUUGCCAGAGGAGCCACCGCAGAAUUCGGUUCCUGACCCUGAAGAGCCGCCGUCGCAACUGACCCCAAGCAGCUGA